AUGGCGCCAGACGCAGCAGACUUCAAGCUCGAUGUGAGGAAGGUGGAUGGCUUCAAGCCAUACAGUGGGGGAGAGGAGCUCAGGCGCGCCAUCGCAGCGCUUGCAGGGCCCAGCAUUGCCCAGGAGCGCGAGGAUGGCGGAUCAGCAGCUGUGAGCACUGGAGCAUCUGGCAGCACACCCCAGGCGCAGCUCAUCCCCAUCUCAGUAAAGUCAGCAGACCACAGCACGCGCGAGCUGGCGUUCGCAGCGCAGCGCUAUGCAAAGGCGACGCAGCGAGACUCAUCGGACUUCGAAGCCAUCUACAACCAUGGCCUCGCCUUGCAGGAGCUCGCCUCGCGAGUCACCAGCUCCAGGGAUGAGCAGAUGCGGCUGCUGGCUCAGGCAUGCGAGCGCUACGAAGCUGCCUGGCGGCUGCGGCGGUCCUCGCACAGCGCGCUGUACAACUGGGGAGUUGCCUUGAGCGACAUGUCGCGCGCGGUCAAGGCGGCCGACCGAAGCCGAGCGCACGAUUUAUUGCUUGCCGCCGCCGACAAGUACGCCAUGUCGCUGCGCUGGAACCCCAACAAUCCCCAGGCGUUGAACAACUGGGGCCUGGUUUUGCAAGAGCUGUCCUCGAUGCGUGCGGAGGCAGAGCGAGGCCGUCUGGUGGCCCAGUCGGUCGCCAAAUUCAGGGCGGCAAUUAGGCUACGGCCGGAGUUUGACCGCGCCUGCUACAACCUCGGGACGGUGUACUACUCGCAUGCAUUUGCGCUGCAAACUGCUGCACAGGCUGCAAUGUCCUCCCAACUCACAAAGGACCCUGAGCGGGAAGCCGCGGAGCGCCUGGAGGAAGCUGCUGUUGCGCGCACCUUCCGCCUGGCUGCCCAGUACAUUGCGCUGUCCUUUGCGCUGCAAUCAGGGCGGGAGGUGUAUGCGCGGUCGCUGAAGGUGGUCCGCCCGCUGCUGCCGGGGGGCCACCUGCGCGCCGGCUUCCUCACAGCCGUCGACCCGUCUACAGACCGUUCCUGCUCCGAGCGAUGGGAGCGGUGCUAUUUUGUGGUGGACCACGACGGUUUCCGGACAGCUGCCGUGCCAGAGGAUGAAGAGGCAGCCAGCGAGAGCCACCCCUCAUCACCGCCAUUCCAUCAGAGGCAAGUUGAAAUUCUCCGCCACACUAGAAGUGUUGAGAGCACAUGCAGUGCUGCCCUCAAAGGAGACUUCAGGGAGGCUUGGAUUGAUCUGGCGGAAGUUGCGGAUGCGAAGCCUUGUUUGGAUCCAAGCCUGCCAGAGGGGCAUGCCUUCUGGGUCGCUUUGCACAACCAACCUCAGGGCCACUUCUUCCUGUCAGAUAAUGGGGAGGAUGCAGAGGGGUGGGUGGAUGCGCUGUUGAUGUCUGCGCACAUUGCUGGGGGGCAACGCCUGGCCGCCUUGGCAUAUGCCCUGACAGCAGACUUUACCUAGAUGAGCAGUACUCACAGGGCCCGUGCAAGACUCAACAAGACCUGCACUUGGCAUGCUUUCCAUUUCUGCGUUCAGGCCUUCGCGCGAAUGUAACAACUUCC